UUCGAUUUUCAAUCCUCCGUAAAAUACUCUUAGUAUCAUCGAGUGGUGGGUUAUUACAAUUUAUAACGAAACAAUUAUUAAAACACAUAAAAGAAAUCGACACAAAAAAUGAUCGUACAAUUGUUAACACUUUUUCUAAUACUUCAUGUGUCCUAUACUAAUGGCGAUUGUCCUAACAUAAUAAGUAAGAGUGCCUGGGGAGGAAGGGGACCGAAAGGUAUUAAUUAUCUUAUAUUACCAUUACCAAAUGUAAUAAUACAUCAUACUGUUACACCGGAAUGUAACACACAAUCUGAAUGUUCACGAAGAGUACAGUCCAUUCAAUCUUAUCAUAUGGAUACGCUUGGUUGGCAUGAUAUUGGUUAUAAUUUCCUCAUCGGUGGCGAUGGUAAUGUUUACGAAGGUGCAGGGUGGACCAAAGAAGGGGCCCAUACUUUAGGAUACAAUAAAAAUUCUCUCGGAAUAGGUUUCAUUGGUAAUUUCGAAGACAAAAAUGCGAGCAAUAAAAUGGUGGAAGCUGCACACAAAUUGUUUAGAUGUGGUGUUUCUAAUGGUGUACUUCGUGACAAUAUUCGUGCCAUUGCUGCUAGACAAGUAUCAUCAACACUUAGUCCUGGGUAUCGUUUAUCCAAACAAAUGGAAAGUUGGCCCGAGUGGAUCCAUGGUGGAACAAACUAACCCCCUUCGUGGGUUGGUUAAUUUUUUCAAUGUUAUUGUUAUUUAAAAUAUUUGAAAAAAAUAUAUACUUAUACUCUCUAGGGGCUUCAAAAUAUCGGUCUGAUAAUUUAUUUUGUUAUUUUCAAUUAAAAUUCGAACAUGGGUACAAAAAUAUUCCCUGCCGAGACAGGGAUUAAUAAGCACUUUGUGAAUUGAAUAAAUAACUAAAUAACAUAUAACAUAUUUUACGUAUAUCAUGAAAUUAUAGUUAAUCUGAUCAGAGUAGAAUACAAAUUACAUGAUAAUUAAAGCGAAAUUAAACAGAAAUACACGUUGCGCGUGUGUGUGUGUAUGUGUGCACGAUGAUUGAUUUAAUCUUUCAAAAAUAUCAUUCGAAUAAAUUACCAUUAUAUUA